UGUUUCCUCUGUGAGUGCCGCAGAGUGAGGGGGGAGGGAGGAAGUGACAAGGAGGAGUAGUGAGAGAGAGCGGCACAUAGUUGUGUGGGAUGCAGGAAAACUCUGUGCUCUAACAUCAGCCUCACAGGCUUGGUGGCCCUCCAUCCUUCUGUGGGCUCUUCUGCUGCAUCUGCCACCACUUCUGUGCCUCCGCCGGGUCCCCCUGUCCCAUCUUGGAUGCUUCCUGGAUGUUCCCCCCCAACCUGAGGCAGCCUGGAGGAGAGAGUGACAUCUGGUAGGAUGUGGGGAGCAGGGGAGGCCCCUAUCCUGGAUGGUGUCCCGGAGCUGCGCUGUUCCCCUGCCAUUGAAGAGUGGAGUACCCCUCCCAAAGCCGAGUCCUCUAAAGCUUACGCUGAGCAUGCUGGGGAAAUCACGCAGUAUGACCUCUCCCGCCUGCGCAGUUCCUCGGUAGAAAUUAGAGAGAAGGGCUCUGAGAUCUUGAGAGAGGAGUUGCUGAGAGCCCAGAAGGAGCUAAAGCUAAGAGAUGAGGAGUGCGAGAGAUUGUCCAAAGUCAGAGAGCAACUGGAACAGGAGCUGGAGGAGCUGACUGCCAGUCUGUUUGAGGAAGCACACAAAAUGGUGCGAGAAGCCAACACCAAACAGGUUGGGUCAGAGAAGCAGCUGCAAGAGGCUCUUGGAAAGAUCGACAUGCUGCAGGCCGAAGUCACAGCUCUAAAAACACUAGUCAUCACAUCAACACCGUCAUCUCCAAACCGAGACCUACACCCCCAGCUCCUGAGCCCAUCCAAGAAUGCACUACGCAAAGGCCAUGCUCGCAACAAAAGUGCAGGCUGUGCUGUGCUCGCGUCCCCGGCCCCAACAGCCCAGCCAACGCCUAGUGAGAGCAAAGAGUUCUCUGCAGUUCCUUCUCUCCUCUCACUACUUCUCUGUAUUGUCCCGGGGAAGGUCGUCCAUAUAACCUACGAACCAGGGUGGCCUCUUCCUGAGGACUCUUCUUCCUCCUUCUCCCGACAGGUGGACACUCUCCUCUACUCUGAGUUCCUGGCUUGGAAGGAGAGCCCAACGCUGGACAGAUACUGCCCUUUCCUUUCCCGUAUCUAUCUAGAAGAUAUUAAGCCAUGUUUGGACUUUGCCAAAAGAGAGCUCUCAGAUCAGGUUCUGACUGCCGUGGAGGGUAACAUGCUGUCUGUGGAACCAGUGGUGCAACCCAUAUUGCCUGUUGUCAAAGCUUCUGCAGUGGAACGUGGGGGACCCAGCGGGUGUCGGGUAGAGGUUGUAACGAAAUGUGCACUCAGCGGCCUGUCUCGCUCCUGCCGCCAUCGCAUCAAUCUAGGGGAUUCUGGAAAUUAUUACUUCAUCUCGCCAUCCUGCCGGUACAGGAUAACAGCUGUUUGUAAUUUCUUCACCUACAUCCGAUAUAUAAAGCAGGGCCUGGUGCGCCAAGAUACGGAACUGAUAUUCUGGGAAAUCAUGAGACUUCGAAGGGAGAUGUCCAUGGCCAAACUGGGUUUCUACAUCAAUGAGUCAUAGCGGUGCUGGUGGCUCCAUAAGGGCUAAUGACAAUAUCCUAGGGAAUAAGUGUCUGCUGCGGGUUUAGAGAAUGUAACCAAGAGCACAAACCAGGGUUUUUAUCUUUCCACAACAAUGACCAAAUCCACCGAGGGUCAGUUCUAUAGGGUUAUUGUUCAAUGGCAGGUUUCUUUAGCAUAUUAAGAGACUGUGUAUGUAUGGGUUCUAUUGCAGGCCACACAAAACAGCAACACUGUUUCUUAUGGACUGUGUUCCAAGAAUGUCUUCUAGACUCAGGCAAUGAUGGGUCUACAUAAGAACAGAAAGAACUUGUGUUAUAUGUAUACAGACUUGCCAUCAAGCCCUAGUGUGCAUGUGGUACCCCUGACCUCCCAUUUGUUUACAUUCGUACAUCACCAGCUAUUUGAGACAGACAGUUGACACUUCAUUAUAGAGACCAAGCGCUGUUAUUUAUGGAAGCACCACUAGAGGGGAGUAUAUAUCUCCAGUAGAAUACAGAGCUACUACCAACAUAUGGACCAUCAACUAGUGUAGAGUCUUUCCAGUGGCUUUUUCACAUGAUAAUGAGCAACUCUGCAACUCCCAGCAUUACGCUAACAGCCUUUGCAGGGAAUGCUGGGAUCUUUAGUUCUAAAAUAGCUAAAGGGCCACUGUUUGCCUGUCUAUGAUUUAGAAUAAGGGUUCCUGAACCAGAGCCCUUUAGCUGCUAUAUUUUAAAACUUAAGUGCCACAUCAUUGACAAGCCCCAUCCAGAUAUAUAGCACAGUGCCCAUAUCAUCUCACUCUCCUCCAUCUCCAGUUGUUUAUGGAUCCUAUUAACACUGUGACUUCCAUGAAUGUCCCUCUCAUCCUGCACAGUGAUACCGAAUUGUUCCAAGUAAUGCAUUAUACAUCCUUGUGGCAAUUAGGUUCCGUUGCCAACAGUUAAGUGCUUCCAGCCCAGCAGUCUAUGGGGUAUUUAAACUGAGCCAAGUAAGACAUUAUUCACCAUUUUAUAUUCAAUUUCAUAAACACUUUAGAAAUACAAAGUGCUUCACUGUUGCUCCACUUAGUACUGCCAGCCGGCACGACAUAUCGCUUCUGGUUCCUGCUAAUAAUGAUCCAACAUAUUGUUUUAUUGGCCACUAAUAUUUUCUUGAUGCAGCCCUCUAGCCUAAACUGUUUCUAGAUAAAAAUAAGUCUAUUGUAACAUUGACCUUUCCAUGAUGGGAGGCUUAGUUCUAGGUGCCCCCACCAGUGCCCAUGGUCAGGUGAGGGUGGCAGCAUUGCCCUGCUUUUGGUGGAGCUGCUAAGGGUUAAUGUGCACAAGAUGCAUCAAUAUGCGUCUACUUUCUCUUUUGCUUUCUCUCUAUCCCUCUCUCUAUUUAUCCUCUUUCUCUCCAUCCCUCUCUCUGUAUGGACGUAUAUGUUAUAUAUAUAAUAGUCCUUUAUAUGGCAGCAGCUUGUAUUUAGCUAUAGGCUCCUUCAGAAUCUCUGCAAGUUACAGGUUAUACCAAAAAGUGCUGUCAUGACUUUUAUCCAGCCUGUGGCCCUUAAGUAUCUCAAGGGCCACAGGAUCCAUACAUUAUGCUGCCUGUCCUGACCCAGAAAGGAAAAAACUUUCAAUUUAUAAAUGGCUUUAAAGAGGACAAUUACCCUAUUUAUUUCCCCUUUAACAUAUAGUUAAACUAGCAGGUAUAGCGUAUUUUGUGCAUGGCUUUGUUUACAUGCAGGAUAGAAAGCUGCCAUAUUGCUUCCCUGUCAUUACUCUUAAUUAUAUGCAAGCAAUGUGGCAGCUCCCAACUAAUAACAUGAUUAAUCUGCACGCACAGAGAGCCUGCCUUCCCAUCUAAUUGUAUAUUAUAGGCAGAAAUGAAUUGUGGGAAAAACAGAGAAUGUUUGCCCUUUACCCAGCAAGCUGCCUAUAUAAUUUAGGAAAUGAAGGGUGUUUUUAUGCUGCAAAUAAGUCGGAUUGUUGCAAUAUCAGCGUUACAGUAUUAUUUCAGUUAUUACCAGACCUCCUAUCCAUAUAUCAUGAUUUGGGGAGUAUAUUAAAAUGGAUUUCUUUUUGGAAAA